AUUCACUUGGAAAUGCAAGGGACCUAUAAUAGCCAAAACAGUCUUGAAAAAGAACAAUUAAGUAUUUAUCUUAUUUCCAAAUAUUUGAAUAUUUUGAUACAUUAAACAUACAAAUAUUAGUUCUUAAUUCAAUAUGUAAUACGAUGAGUUAUUAUAAAUUAUAUUGGAUUCAUCACAAAUUUCCAAAGACCAAAUAUUCUAAUUAGUAAAAUAUCUCCUAAGUUUGCUUUUCAAUUACUGUGAUUUUCUUUUGAAAACAUUUGGAAGGUUGGUGGACAUUAAACUUUAGUUUGCUUUCACCAGUGAGCAGCAUCGUUUGUUUUAUAGUUAUAUCAUUUGAAUGACCCGCUGAUUUAUAUAAUUUAUCUAUCUAUUUAGUAGAAAAUUCCAAAAGCGAAUUCCUUUUAUAAGAAUUUCCAAAAAAAUCCACAAAACACUUAUAACUAAUUAUCAAUGCUAGUUAAAAAUUUUGAAAAAAAAACUUUGAUUUUUAAUUUCUGCUGUCAUAUUUUUAUUAGAGUUGACUUAAAAUGUUUUGCCAAUUUCUUCUGUACAGUAAAGUGACCCAGUCAUACAUAUACACACGCCCUUCUCACAUAAUCUUCCAUCAUGCUCUAUCCCAAGAGACUGGACAUAGUUCCCCACGUUAAGAUAUCAUUGGUUAGCCAUUCUAAAUGUAAUAGUUUGCACCUACUAACUCCAAACUCUAUUUGAUAUAUGAUUUAAGUAGCUAAAAUACUAGUUAAAAUCAAAUACCUAUUUCACCUAUUUAUCUCUCCUUUUCUCAACAAUUAAUGUUAAAUGUCCGUAUACUUUCCCCUUCAAACUGAAGAACAAAAUAGACUUCAAGUCACAAUUAUUCCAUUUAUACAAUGUAAUAGAAUAAUCUUAUGCAUUAAGCCAUUUCAAGGAAUAACAAAACUUGUAAAAUUUCUAUCCACUUUAUAAAAUGGCUUAUUCAGACACUUCCAAAAUAGGCUGACUUGAGAAUAUUAGUUUCUCAAUCAAGACGCAGGGUGGCGCUGCAGGCUAAGAUUGUGGCGAAAGAGCUCUUUAAAAGCUCGCGUAUUCCUUUGUUGCAAGACCGAAUCAAAAACACCCGGAAGCAGAUCGGCCAGCCAAACUGCGUUCCCGACGAGUUUAGGCAGCGACAUAUAAACGAAUUCAAGAUCCAAAGCAACGCUGUGAGGAUUCCUCCAAGCGAGAAAUCAGAAGAGAGUAUCUCAGGUCCUUCUGCGGUCGCUGAAGGGAUUGGAUGUCAGCAUCCGGACCCACCAUGGAGACUCGAGAGGGAAUUCAGCCGAACAGGCAAGUAGUCUUUAUCGUGAUGGCAUUCCUGUCUCAGGCUCACCCCGCGCCUAUUCGUUACUCUGUGCUGGAAGAAUCAGAGAGCGGCUCCUUUAUAGCUCAUCUGACUAAGGACCUGGGCUUGGGAAUCGGGGAACUGGCGGACCGCUCCGCCAGGAUAGUGUCUGACGAUGACAAGCAGCGCUUGCAGCUGGAUCAUCAGACCGGAGACUUGCUUUGGAGGGAGAAACCAGAUCGGGAAGAGCUGUGUGGCCCCACUGAACCCUGUAUACUGCCUUUCCAAGUAUUCCUAGAAGCUCCGGUGCAGUUUGUUGAAGGGGAAUUACUAAUUCAGGACAUCAACGACCACUCCCCAGUAUUCCCGGACAGGGAAAUGCUCUUGAAAAUACCAGAAAACAGCCAGCCAGGGGCUGUAUUUCCCCUGCAAUUCGCUCAGGAUUUGGAUGUGGGCAGCAAUGGUCUUCAAAAUUACACCAUCAGCCCCAAUUCUCAUUUUCACGUUGUCACUCGAACUCGUAGUGAGGGCAAGAAAUACCCAGAUUUGGUGCAGGACAAAGCACUGGAUCGAGAGGAGCAGCCUGAGCUCAGCUUAACCCUCACGGCACUGGAUGGUGGGUCUCCACCUCGGUCUGGCACCAGCAUGGUGCGAAUCCUGGUCAUGGACGUCAAUGACAAUGCGCCUGAGUUUGUGACCUCUCCAUAUGAGGUGCAGGUUCUGGAAAACAGCCCCCUUGACUCCCCCAUACUUACUGUUUUAGCUAGGGAUAGAGAUGCUGGAAACUUCGGGAAGGUCUCCUAUGGCUUCUUCCAAGCAUCAGAUGAAAUUAAGCAAACUUUCUCAAUAAACGAAGUCACAGGAGAAAUCCGGCUGACAAAGAAACUGGAUUUUGAACAAAUGAAAUCUUAUCACCUGGAAAUUGAGGCUACAGAUGGAGGAGGCCUUUCUGGAAAAGGCGCUGUGGUCAUAGAGGUGGUAGAUGUGAAUGACAACGCCCCCGAACUGACCAUAUCUUCGCUCACCAGCUCCGUCCCAGAAAACAGUCCUGAGACUGUGGUCGCUGUCUUCCGAAUCAGAGACAGAGAUUCUGGAGACAACGGAAAGAUGAUCUGCUCUAUUCCGGAUAAUCUGCCCUUCGUUCUAAAACCGACUUUCAAGAACUACUACACCCUGGUAACGGAGAGCCCGCUGGACCGAGAGGAAAGAGCCGAGUACAACAUCACCAUCAGCGUCAGCGACCUGGACCCCCGGCGGCACACCCAGCACAACCUGACCGUGCGCGUGGCCGACGUCAACGACAACGCGCCCGCCUUCAGCCAGCCCGCCUACACCCUGCGGGUCCGCGAGAACAACAGCCCCGCCCUGCACAUCGGCACCGUCCGCGCCACCGACGCCGACGCGGGCGCCAACGCCCAGCUCACCUACUCGCUGCUGCCGCCCUCCGACCCGCACCUGCCCCUCGCCUCGCUCGUGGCCAUCAACCCCGACACCGGCCAGCUCUUCGCCCUGCGCGCCCUCGACUACGAGGCCCUGCGCGCCUUCGACUUCCAGGUGCGCGCCGCCGACCGCGGCGCGCCCGCGCUCAGCAGCCAGGCGCGGGUGCGCGUGCUCGUGGCCGACGCCAACGACCACGCGCCCGUCGUGCUCUACCCGCCGCCCAACGCCUCGGCGCCCUGCACCGAGCUGCUGCCCCGGGCGGCCGAGCCGGGCUACCUGCUCGCCAAGGUGGUGGCGGUGGACGGCGACGCGGGCCAGAACGCCUGGCUGUCCUACCGGCUGCUGCAGGCCACCGAGCCCGGGCUCUUCGGCGUGGGCGCGCACAGCGGCGAGGUGCGCACGGCCCGGCCGCUGAGCGAGCGCGACGCGCCCCGGCAGCGGCUGCUGCUGCUGGUGCGGGACCACGGCGAGCCGCCGCUCUCGGCCAGCGUCCCGCUGCACGUGCUGCUGGUGGACGGCUUCUCGCAGCACCUGCCGCCGCCCGAGGCCCCCGGCCGGGCGCCGGGCGCCGGCGCCGGCGCGGACGAGCCGCUCACCGUCGCCCUGGUGGGGGCGCUGGCGUGCGUGUCGGCGCUGCUGGUGGGGGCGCUGCUGGCCUUGGCGGCGGGGCGGCUGUGCCGGCGGGGCGGGGCGGCCUCGGCGGGGGGCUGCGCGGGGCCCGCGGAGGGCGGCGUCCCGGGCCAGCUGCUGGACGUGGGCGGCACGGGCACCCUGGCCCACGGCUACCGCUACGAGGUGUGUCUGACGGGAGACCGCAGAACUGGUGAGUUCCAAUUCCUGAAGCCGGUUUUCCCGAACCUCUUGCUUCAGGACCCUGAGGGAGAAAUUAAGAACAGCCCCAACUUCAGGAAUAGCUUAGUACUCAAUUAAGUGUUGUGUUUGGUCGAGUGAGCCUCUCCUUAACUGCAGCAAACCUAACUCCAAUUGCAAUACCUUUGUCCUAAGAAAUUGUGUUGUAGAAAUGUGUAUAUCUCUAUUCCAAACCUAUGCAUGUCUCUGCUAAUAUUUCCUUUUUAACAUUCAUUAGAUUUGGCAUUUUUAGUUACACUGGACAUGGAGGGCUUUCUUCAUAUUUGACCUCUUUUGGCGACUAAUCUCUCCACAACUAUAAAAUACUCAAGUAGUGUAAGAAGCGGUGUUAGUUAAUAAACUUCUUAGCAUCUUUUUAAUGAA